GCGCUGGGAGCGGUGCUGCCUGCUCCAGGUCUUCAAGAACCCCAAGUUCAACAUGCUGACCAUCCGCGACGACAUCACCCUGCUCAAACUGGCCACCCCGGCGCGGCUGUCGGCCCGUGUGUCCCCCGUCUGCCUGCCCCAGGACACCGAUGACUUCCCAGGGGGCAUGACCUGUGUCACCACUGGCUGGGGGCUCACUGCCCCCAACGCCUCGCAGACACCGGCGGUGCUGCAGCAGGUGGCCCUGCCCCUGCUCACCAACGCGCAGUGCAAGCAGUACUGGGGGUACCGCAUCGCCGACGUGAUGGUGUGUGCCGGCGCCGACGGUGCCUCCUCCUGCAUG